ACUGACAAUCCCGCAGUCUAAUCCAGAGAGUGAGGAUGCACAGCCGCGGUGAUAUGUAUCGAAUGAACAUCGGCUAACUUCUUCUUUCGGCUGUGAUUGACAAAACCCUGCAAACACUUUGUUCCAUAGACAGUUGUUCACCCAGUCUCCAGAGACCAUUCUUAAACCUGAAACCGCUGGGUUGGUGGGUAAAGAUUUAAUCCAGACCGGGAUUUUGCAGACGUUACGUUGGGACAAUGGAAUCUAACGUUAUGCCGGACAGUAUCCGCCCUCAGAGGCUGCAGCCAGGCAUUGGAUUCGGUUUAGGACCGACCGGGACCCUCCGCUCCUCUCUCCGGCCCGGGGUUACCGUCCCUAUCGCGCCGAUGUUGCCCUCCCCGGCCUCUCUAGCCGCUUCGUCCGGGCCUCCUCCGCCGCCGCCUCCGCUGCAGCUUCACAGCCUGUACGGCGGUAUCGGAGGGCUGGGGCUGGGGCCGGGGGCUACCGGGCACUGUAACCCGGGGAACCCGGCGGUGCUGAAGGAGGCGGUGGAGGCUGUGGUCCGCAGCUUUGCUAAACACACGCAAGGUUACGGAAGAGUAAACGUGGUGGAAGCUUUACAGGAGUUUUGGCAGAUGAAGCUGACCAGAGGGGCCGACCUGCGUAACGGAGCUCUAGUUGUUUAUGAAAUGGUCCCAUCCAGCAGCCCUCCAUAUGUUUGCUACGUCAGUCUUCCCGGAGGCAGCUGCUUCGGCAGUUUCCAGUUCUGUCCCACCAAGGCAGAAGCGAGACGCAGCGCUGCCAAGAUUGCCCUAAUGAACUCUGUUUUCAAUGAACAUCCCUCCCGACGCAUCACAGACGACUUCAUUGAGAAAAGUGUCAGUGAGGCCCUGGCAUCCUUCAAUGGAAACAGAGAAGAGGCUGACAAUCCCAACACAGGAAUUGGGGCAUUUCGCUUCAUGCUUGAGUCCAACAAAGGAAAAUCCAUGCUGGAGUUUCAGGAGCUGAUGACUGUGUUCCAGCUGCUGCACUGGAACGGGAGUCUCAAAGCCAUGCGAGAACGGCAGUGUUCCCGACAGGAAGUGCUGGCCCACUAUUCCCACCGGGCUCUGGAUGAUGACAUGCGCACUCAGAUGGCUGCUGACUGGGUGAACCGAGAACAGAGUGUAGCGAGCACUAUUGCGCAGGAGGUGGCAUCGACGGAGAGAGAACUGGAGGACGCCAGGCUGGCAGGCAGAGAACUGCGUUUUUACAAAGAGAAGAAAGACAUCCUGAUGUUAGCAGUGGGCCAACUCAAUGCAGUCAACACUGCCACGCUGCCUUCACACUAAACCUGCCGUCCAUUGUGGAAACAUUGCUUCACACUCCGUCGGAUUCCUGGUAACAGUAUUGAUUGCGUCAUAGAUAUAAAGUUGCUUCAUCUGAACUUUUAGGUUUUGUGUCAUGUUCUUUUUUCUUCAGGUAAUCAGGCCUUGACGUACAGCGUGCACAUCCGUGCAUAAAAUCCACUCUUGCCGCUAUAGCAGUUACUUCUUUGUGCCUCAUGAUUACUGGAUAACAGUGCUUCUUUUGUAAA